AUGCAAUCGUUGGACGUAUUGAAGAAUAUAGUCAAUAACAUUUCUCAAUUGGCUCAAGACCAAUGCUCUGACUUGCCUCAACAUUUAGCAGAUAGGACACUUCAGAUUUCUUUAAAUGAAUUGGUCAAAGUGAUUAGUUUUCAAGUUGUUCCGACACUACAUCAUGAAACACUAUCCUUUGUUCUUGAUCAUGCUGGUGAUUCCAUUGAUUUAGCCUCACUCAAGGAUGAAGCAACUCAAAUGCAUGUAAUGGUGUUACUUGAGGGUUUUGCUGUACUUUUAGAAACCUUAAAGCUCUUCCAUGACUUUGAACUGAAACAAGAAGAAUAUUUCAAAUUAUACUCUAGUUCAACGUUUGUUGGCAUGUAUUUCAAGAGAUGGGAUCGAUUUUAUAUUGAUUGGAUUGUCUCUUUUCAAAACAGAGAUGUCUCUCGGUCUCACCUUGUAACAAUAGCUAGAACCUUUUAUUUCAGCUACAUGAAUGGAGUCUUGACAAAAGGCAGACUAGAACAGCCAUCACAAGAGAUUUGUUAUGGCUCUUCCGAUGAAUCAAGUGGUGUGAACGAACCUUCCAAAAUGUUGUCCGAGUCAACAGUGAAAUCCCUCAAUCUGCUCAAAAUGUAUAAAAUUUUUCUGAGCAAAUUAGAUCGAUUUAAUGAAAAGGUUUUGAAUAAUAACUCUCGGACGUCACUGUAUGGAAAUUAUUUACUGUUGCUCGACCCAUCUCUGCUUCCUCGAAUUCGAUAUCACAAAACUCCUCAUAAACAUCCUUCUCUUUACAGACUCGGUUACAGUAAGCACCUGUAUAUCAUACCCUUAAUUGAUUUUGAAAUGAGUUUUGAAGAAAGACGUGCCGCUGAUUUGGUCAUGAAAGACUGUAAAGGUUUUGAUCAUGACUAUAAUUACACUAAGAAAAAUAUUGUUGAGCUACUCACAUGUCAUGAAGGACAGUUUCAAAACAAGCUAAUCAGUCUGAGCAGCUACAUGAAACUGAGUGAUGAAUGGUGCAGACAAAACGUGACCCUACUCAGAGAACAGAGACAAGACCCACACGACCUCAUACACUCCAUAAACGUCUCAUCCGAUCCCUUAAUUGAGUCUACUCUGGUGGGUGAGUCUUCUGUCAUUGAUCAAUGA